AUGACAACAAGUCUACUAAGUGACCAAACAAUGCUAAUUUCAACACCAGAAGCAACACCGACGAUACAAAUCUCCGGCGACGAGCCAGAACCGGUGACGUGUGACUGUUGCGGAUUAACCGAGGAGUGUACACAAUCAUACAUAGAAACGAUCAGAGAGCGUUACAUGGGUAAAUGGAUCUGUGGUCUAUGUUCUGAAGCUGUCAAGUACGAGGUUAUAAGAACAAAACGAUUGUUAACAACAGAGGAAGCCAUGGCUAGACACAUGAACAUGUGUUAUAAGUUUAAAUCUUCAAGCCCACCUCCGAAUCCAACAGGACAUUUGAUCUCUGCAAUGAGACAGAUCUUGAGAAGAAGCUUAGAUUCUCCAAGAAUGCUUAGAUCUAUGCCUAAUAGUCCUUCUAAAGAUGAUCAUGAUGAUGAUUCUUGUGUUUCCAAUGUUUUGUCUAGGUCUGAUAGCUGUUUCGCUAGUUUGACUUAG